UAAAUAUCCUCUUUGAUCCUUCCUAUCUCUAUAUGUAAAGAAAUGCAAAAGUGUUAUUUCUAAUGUUGGACAAAUAUAAACAUUUUAACUAGUUCUAGACUUCUUGGAGAGUUUUCUUUCCUUGGACAAAGGACUUUCUCCAAAGGGUUGCUUCUGUUCCACACGUAUCUACUUGUAUCCACUUUGGCAAGUGAAGAAUAGCAGAAGACAGGCAUGGCUAACAACGAAGACACAGACAAUGGUGAAAGCUGUGUGCAGGAAGAGAUAAGAGCUCCACUUCUUUCACGAGUGGAGAUAGCCGGAAAUGGUGAUGAAGAGAAGCCCUUGAAGACAAGCAGCAAAGAGGAGAGAUGUAUGGUGUAUCUCACCACAUUUAUUGCAGUCUGUGGUUCUUAUGCAUUCGGAUGCUGCGCAGGUUAUUCAUCACCUACACAGGCUGCCAUCAGAGAAGAUGUAAAGUUAUCCCUCGCAGAGUACUCGUUGUUUGGCUCCAUACUGACUUUUGGAGCAAUGAUUGGUGCAAUCACUAGCGGUAAAAUCGCAGACUACAUUGGCCGGAAAGGGGCAAUGAUAGUAUCAAGUGCAUUUUGUACAGCAGGAUGGCUAUCAAUUUACUUUGCCCAGGGGGCUCUGCUUCUGGACAUUGGAAGAUUAGCAACUGGAUAUGGGAUGGGAGUGUUCUCUUAUGUGGUUCCAGUAUUCAUAGCUGAAAUUGCUCCCAAGGAUUUACGAGGAGCUUUGACAACUGUAAACCAGCUUAUGAUUUGUACUGGAGUAUCAGUAUCCUUCAUCAUAGGCACAUUUUUAACAUGGAGGGCUUUAGCAUUAGUAGGCAUAGUCCCUUGUGCUGUUCUGCUUUUCGGUCUCGUUAUCAUUCCGGAGUCUCCAAGAUGGCUGGCAAAAAAAGGAAACCAAAAAGAGUUUGAAGCUUCACUGGGGAGACUUCGUGGAAAGAAUGCUGAUAUAUCCGCUGAGGCAGCUGAAAUUCAAGAUUAUAUAGAAACUCUCGAGAGGCUGCCGAAAGCCAGACUGCUUGAUUUGUUUCAAAGGCGAUAUCUGCGGUCAGUUACGAUAGGAGUUGGGCUCAUGGUCUGUCAACAAUUUGGAGGAAUAAAUGGAGUUUGUUUCUACACCAGCAGUAUCUUCGAGUCCUCAGGAUUCCCAGCCGAUAUUGGAACUAUAAUCUAUGCGAUUCUUCAGGUCAUAAUCACUGCACUAGGUGCUACUUUAAUCGACAGAGCUGGAAGAAAACCACUUCUAGUGAUUUCUGGAGCAGGACUGGUCCUAGGUUGUCUGCUGACAGCGAGUUCAUUCUAUCUGAAGGAACAUGGACUUGCACUGGCUGCAGUUCCUGCACUUGCUGUGACUGGCAUAUUGGUUUAUAUAGGGGCUUUCUCAGCUGGAAUGGGAGCAGUUCCAUGGGUUGUGAUGUCUGAGAUAUUUCCGAUAAACAUUAAAGGAGUUGCCGGAAGCUUUGCAACGUUGGUGAAUUGGUUUGGAGCAUGGGCUUGUUCUUACACUUUCAAUUUUCUCAUGAGCUGGAGCUCCUAUGGAACCUUCAUUCUUUAUGCUGCAGUCAAUGCUCUUGCCAUUCUUUUUGUGAUUAAGGUGGUACCUGAAACCAAAGGAAGGACCCUGGAACAGAUACAGGCAGCAAUUAACACUUCAUGAAAAGCUUGAGGAGCAUCUCUUGGCAGACAUCUUUUCAUUAGAUUCUUUCUGCAACCAUUCAACAUUGUGAGAGAUGCAUGCUUUGAAAGGUACACCUUGUUGCUGUCAGAAUUAGUUGCAAAGCAUGCAUUGAUUAUGUGACUGUACCUGGACGCAUAAGGUACUCUGUAAGCACUGGCAAUUUCAUUAUUGAUGAAUUAGGAUACAAAGUACUCAUGGUUGGCUGGGGAUGGUCAAUGUAUUUCACUAUUUUAAAGAACAAGUCAUCAACUUUUUCACUA